GAAUUGAUUGACUACCUACGUGGUAGUACCUACCUAUUUAUCUACUGAUGCCUCACAUCAUUCACUCAUCAACACAUGCUUCAUACUUUAUACUUCAUACUUCACAAGAAAGCCUUUUAUCGCCAUCCACCCCGAUCUUAUCGAUCCUUUUCAUCUGAUCUUCGUAUUGCUUGUGUCUCUCUCAUACCAGCAUACCGAUCUUCCCGAAUCACAAAGUUCGACUUUGUCUGUUCCCUAAACUUCCGUUUCUCCUAAACAAUCCUCCUAUCUGGAUUGAUCAGUCACCACUUUAGCCAUGGAUUUCCAGCAUUCAUCCUCCGAAAUCAACGGUGAAAGAGAUCCGAAGCAUGAUAUUAUCGAAGAAGAAGUCGAUCUCUAUAUGGCUUCUUUCAAAAUUGAUGCGAAUGAAAAACAUGACUUCUAUUAUGAGAAAAAGAAGCGUGCCGACGAGUGUCAAGAGGAACACCAGAGGAUGAAAAGGAAAUCCAAUGAUGCUGAAAAUAUUUUACAAAUAAAGCACAAAUCUCAAUUUUUUCAGCAGCUUAUAGUGAGUAACUUAUAGACUCCCGUUGCUGAUGAUCGAUUAUACUAAUUUAUUUUGUAAGAAAACUGAUGUUUCGUCAACACGAAGACUCACUCAGCCUGCAUAUGUUUUCGAAAAAUUUCCCCAUCUUCCCCAGGAACUUCAAAUCAUCAUAUGGCGCAUGGCGGCAGAGGACAAGAAUACUGACCGUUAUUCUUUUGUGAAUUAUGGAAACCAGGAUGAUAUUCAUAGGCCGUUCCAUCGAGGUGUUUCCAGCGCCAUAGCAACUAAAAACAUCAACUACGAACCGGUAGAGCCGGGAAACAAGCCCUCGGGCAAUAUAUACAUCCCAGCUGUACUUCAUGCAUGUAGGCUUGCGCGGGACGUGGCUGAAACAGUGUACACAUGCCUACCGAUAGAUUAUGGUGAGACAACCACUUACGAAGCUCUCUCGCGACAGGCCUAUUUUGACCUGGUUAAUGACGAGUUCUUAUUGCCGUGGAAAAUGGUUUUACCCAGGCUUCGGUGGAUAGAGCAUCGAAUUAUUGUCGACCUUCUGAUCAAACAUCACGCCACUAAGGGCCAAUGGGAAAGUCUACCAGCAACAUUAAGGAAACAUGUUGAAAGUUUGUUGAAGAUUCGAAAUCUCCAAAUGGACCUACGUACCUUUUACAACGUUCCUCCUCAUAUCUGGGCAGAGUUUUCGAUGCUUGAAUGCUUGACAAUAUUGAUCUCACCAACGAACAGCAUAGGAGAUGUUUCUGUGCAGGACCGCACUUUCAAGCCCAAGCCUGGUACUAAAUUUGGUAAACGUGCUGACUGGAUAUGGGGCUACUGCUACAAAUUACUGAACAGUGUCAAAAAGGAUUUCCCCAACUGGAGACAUCCCAAGAUCAAGGUUCUCCUAAUCGACGAUCCGGAAUGUGAAGAAACUUACGAAGAGGCAAACCCUGAGGAAUACGAUCAAGUACAUCCAUCUCCUCCUCCUGGGGAUAAAUUGCAUAUUCCAUUUCCAGGUUGGCUUGAUCAUUACCAAACGUUUAUCUAUCCUACACGGAAUAAUAAUGUGUAUCUGCCUGAGAAAUCGGAACUUGAUGAAGGCGAUGAUUUUGAAUGGUAUAGAAUGCAGAGACUGCCCAAAUUUUCGCUUGAAGUAACAAAGAAAGACUUGCAGUUUGGGCAACAGUGGCCAUUUGAUGAGUAUAAUUAUUGAUGUAAGUGAGGGGUCAGGCUAAGCAUAAUUGGAGUCCUCAUAAUCGUCACAUCAAAGGAGUUUGAAGUGGCUCGAUGUGAGAUGUUGUGUCUAGCUAAACAUUGGGGAUAUUUUGAAAUUUUCAUAUUUCUUCUAUAUUUGCGAAUAUUUCCUAACACAGGGGGCUCAUAUAUUGGGGGACACGGGCGGGGUAAUCGGCGGAUCUUUGCAAGAUGAAGUAAUGGGC